AAUAAUUGCCGUAAAACCACCAAGGAUUCUCGUGCCAAUGACAAUAUGUCCCUGCCGGAUAGUGUAAUUGAACAAAAUCGCCCGGUGCCAAUUAAAAACUUUGCCGAGCAUUAUCGUAUGAUGUCAGCCGAUUCCGAUUUCCGUUUCAGCGAAGAAUUUGAUGAGCUGAAACAUGUGGGUCGUGAUCAGCCAUGUACAUUUGCCGAUUUACCAUGUAAUCGCCCGAAAAAUCGUUUUACGAAUAUUUUACCCUAUGAUCAUUCACGUUUCAAAUUACAACCGGUCGAUGAUGAUGAGGGUUCAGAUUACAUAAAUGCCAAUUAUGUACCCGGUCAUAAUAGUCCGCGUGAAUUUAUUGUUACCCAGGGUCCACUGCAUUCAACACGUGAUGAUUUCUGGCGUAUGUGCUGGGAAAGUAAUUCACGGGCAAUUGUCAUGCUGACAAGGUGUUUUGAAAAGGGCCGUGAAAAAUGUGAUCAAUAUUGGCCAAAUGAUACCGUACCAGUAUUCUAUGGUGAUAUCAAGGUGCAAAUAUUAAAUGACAGUCAUUAUCCAGAUUGGAUUAUGACCGAGUUUAUGGUGUGCAGGGGAAGUGAACAACGUAUUAUACGCCAUUUCCACUUUACAACAUGGCCUGAUUUUGGUGUGCCAAAUCCACCUCAAACUCUUGUGCGUUUUGUUAGAGCAUUCCGUGAUCGCAUUGGCACCGACCAGCGACCCAUUGUUGUACACUGUAGUGCUGGUGUUGGUCGUUCGGGUACAUUUAUAACAUUGGAUCGUAUUUUACAACAGAUAAAUACCUCUGAUUUUGUUGAUAUCUUUGGUAUUGUCUAUGCCAUGAGAAAAGAACGUGUUUGGAUGGUCCAAACGGAACAGCAAUAUAUUUGCAUCCAUCAAUGUCUUUUGGCUGUGUUAGAGGGUAAAGAAAAUAUUAUUUGUCCACCCCGUGAAAUGCACGACAAUGAGGGCUAUGAAGGACAACCUUGUCAAUUCGAUGAAAAUGGUGAAAUUAUUGCCACCAUUGAAGGUCACAAUGAAAUGCACGAUAUGAUAUUACAACCCGAAGAUGCCGAAGCCAUUGACGAUGAAAAUGCUGGCAUUAUCAAUGACGAUCAACAGCCGCUGACUAGUUUCGGCGGUGGUGCUAUACACAGUGCUUCCAUGACAUCCUUUGGCACAUCUGGCCAGGCUUAUACAAGCGAUUCUUUGGACAGAUGACAUACGGCCAAUCAGAACGAUAACAACAAUUCGGUGGUUAUCGUUCUGGUUGACAAUAAGCCUAGUUCGAUGAUCUGUAAGGAAGGUUCCAUAGAUGUCAUUAGCAUUGGUGGCGGUGGCAAUACGACCACAACCACAAGCAGUAAUAAUAGUGCCAAUUCGCAGCAGCAACUGAAUGGUAUCGGUGCUGGGGACAACAGCGGACAACACCGCGGUUCAAUAGCCACCAUAACAAAUGGUCACAAUACGUUACAACAUAGGCGCAAAUCACAAUUAAUAACAUUUAGUUCAUCUUCCUGUGAUAUUAAGAAUAGUCUUAGCCAUGAAUAUAUUAUGGUCAAUAAUAAUAAUAGUAAUGCAACUAAAAAUAAUUCCUCAACGAAUGGAAUCACUGGCAGUCACACAAUUGCCCGGGGCAGUACUGGUAGUGGUUCGCAAGCGGGCAUGGGCAGUGCCCAUAAUAAUACACGCCUCAGUUUUGCCGAGGAAGAUAUUAUGAUAAUAACCGGAGCACAUCACCCAUCGUCUCAGACACCGCAUCAGCAACUACAACAGUCUCAAGUUCCAAAUGGUUCAAUAACCGGUUCCAAUGGCAGUGCUUGUGGUUCUGUGGAUCAUGGCAAUGAUCUAGAUGAUGAUGUAUUUCGUCGACAUUCCCUUGAGGUGGACGAAGAGGCUCAAGAUGCCCUAUAUAAUGAAGAAUAUGGUAGUACACAUAUCGAUGCCAAAUCCAAUAAUGCCAAUAACGACGAUAGCGGUGGUGGUAGUUAUGAAGAUUCACACGCCCUGCACAGUUCCCUCGGCGGUAGUAAUCGCAAUAGUUUAGAAAAAGAUGAUGACGAAAUUGAAGUGGAUGUCAUUAGCACCGAUGCCAGUUGUUAUGACCAGCUGUUGGGCAGUAGUUGUAAUACGCGCAACGAUGAAGAUGAAAUUGCCACCAUUGUUGGUGAUGCUGACAAUUAUACGAAACUCUCGAAACAUAAUAAUAUGAAAACGAAUGGUGUUAAUUCAUAUGGAAUAGUAAAUGGUAGUGCUGGAAGUGGAGGAGGAGGUGUCGGUGUUGGUGGUGGUAGUAUUGGUGAAACUGGUGGUGGUAUUAUAUAUGCCAAUCCUUUUAUGGACGACGAAGGCAUUGCUGAAUCUGGUAUGUAA